GUAGUUAUUAGACUACUGAGUCAGUGGUUGAAAGUCAAAUACGUUUGAGAGCAUGUAUCUUCUGAUACUCCUGCUUUUAGCUGUCAUAGCGUCACAGACAGCCGCAAAACAUUGUACCCAUUUACCUCCUGGUCUGUCAAAAAUGGUUCGGGGUGUUGACGUCUCAAAGCUGGACAUGCUGCCCAUUGACAUAGUUGGUGAUGACGGAGUCAUGAGUCCAAUCAUACCCUUCACCUGCGACCAAGGAAAACAGUACAAGAGUGUGAAGGGCACUUUGUACGAACUACCUGACCAGGUCUGGCAGAUGACGUCUGUUCCCGGAGGCUGGCUCUCGUCCGACGCCCACACAUACUCCUCUUACAGUGAGGUCAGAAACUCAAUGAGCAACAGCGUUGGUCUGGAGGCGGACACUGGCAAAUACUCCUUCUCUGCCAGUUUUAGUUACAAGAAGAUGCAGAACUCCAUCACCAACUCCUCCAGGUACAUCUCUGAGGUCACGGCAUUUGCUGCUGCAACACGAGCAGACGUCAACCCGCCGGAAAAAUUAGGGCUGGAUAGUUUUGCUCAAGAGUACGUAGAUACUACACUGACUGGUACCUUUGAAAGCAACCCUACUGCGUACAACAAGUUUAUUGAUACCUACGGCACGCAUUAUUUUACCUCGGCUAAGUUUGGUGGUUUCAUUAGAAUGGUCUUUGAGACGUCAAAAGAAUACGCAAUGACCAAAACUGAAAGCGAGAUCGAGGCUAAUGCCAAAGCUUCGUACAUGAAAAUGGUUUCCGUGAGCGUAGGGCACACGUCUUCCAAUGGGAAUGUUGAUGAAAAGUUUACAUCCAAUUCUAAGACCACCAUGAAGUACUACGGAGGCGACACCAACGUCCUAAGCAGUGACGGUCUCUCCAAGUGGCAGCCGACAGUCGAGAGUGACCCCUGGUUGUUUUCAGGUAAACUGAAGCCAAUUAGCGACUUAAUUAAAGACGAAACAAAGAAAUCAUCAAUGAUUCGAGCUGUGAAGAACCAUUUGUUAAGAGCCUACAUCGGAGAAUUGCAAUCUCUCAUUUAUGGAGCCAGGGUCAAGUCCGAUAACCCAGUCAUCAACGGCCUUCGUGAUCGCGCCGCGGCUUUGCUGAGUAAACAACAAAUUGUUGACAGCGAGGUCGAUGCUUUAGCCAAUGACUUGAAAGACUAUGUCACUAUGCCCAGCUGGUUUGUUGCGAACACCAAAAUCUGCAUGUACGUGAUAGAAACAGGGAUGCCUUUUCAAUGUUCAUUAACAGUUGGGGGGCACUAUUUUUGUGCCAUGGUUAACUCUAUGUCUCCUUGGUACGCCGACUUGACCGACUAUUUAAUAGGAGGCUGCAAGAUGCAAUGGUGUUUUAUCCGCCAACUAUCCAGCUUGGUUUAACGAUGUGAAAAUUUGCUAUCAAUGGUAUGCUGAGAACGACAUCGCGCAAUGUGGCGGCGAUGGAGGACAAACCUAUUGCGCAAAUAUCAACCAAUGGACGACACCUUAUGUCGACGACACAGCAAAUCGCGACGGCGGAUGCAGAAUGCGAUGGAUGCUCCAAGUUACCGACUCCGCACCGUACUGGAUGAGAGCUGUACACAUGUGUUACAACUGGGAGGCUUUCGGCGACGAAAGCCAGUGCGGUGGAGGGGCGCCAACCGAGCAGUGUGUUGUGGCCAACACCUGGACCACCUACUACCUGGACUACACCGGCAUCACAAAAGGCGGCUGUAAAAUGAGCUGGGGCUUAAAGACCGCCUACUGAUAGCUGGCUUCCAUUUGUUCCAACAGUUCAAUACGCACUGAUAUACAAUGCCUGGUGUUUAAUAUUAUUAUUACUGACACUGUAUACUUAAAUACAAAUGGAUAACUGUUAUGA